AUGUCAGAGUUCCUCAAGUAUAAAAUAGAGAAACCGCCAAAUGUAGGCACUCCGAGCUCGACAAGCUCGCUCUUGAGUUCACUCGGGGAGACCAGUGGAGAUUUGGCCGGUGGAGUCAGCGGAUUAUUAUGGGUCCAUCUUUUGGCGGGACGCGGCCUCCGAUCGACUACGACCUCAUCGGCUGCCACCACACCUUCCACUCCUUCGGGACAACCAAAUUUAGCUAGUUGUGGCUUGAGAGACUUGUAUUGCGUACUGGAGUGCGACAGGGUGCACAAAGCGCGCACAGUGGUGCGAACCGGGGACUUAAUGUUUGAUUGGGAUGAAACCUUCGAGCUGGACCUCGUAGGCAAUCGGCAGCUGGAUCUGCUCGUCUAUUCUUGGGACCCACAGUACAGGCAUAAACUCUGUUACAAGGGAUCGGUGCACUUGGCGACUUUACUGAAAGAGUCGCCAGUACAUCAACUGGCCGUCAAAGUCGAGCCACGUGGCACAAUCUAUUUAAGACUGCGAUACACCGACGCCCAACAAACUUUCCGUCGAAGGGGUCUGCCAGUUAUAUCCUUAGCUACGAGGGUAGCGCCUCUCUUUGGGGUUGAUCUGGAUACAGUA